AGAAGGGUGUGUGCUCUAUGAACCACUCUUCCCCUCCACUCACUGUGAGUGUGUGCCACUAGCUUCUGUCUCAUUCGGACAGAGAAUAGAAAAGUUGGAGCAAAGUCUGAGUCAGCUCCAGCAGCUACCAGACACUCACAGCAAUUCCCUCCCCAGUGACAGGCUUCUUUUCUGUUUUUUUUGGACUGCUCUCUCUCACUCAUUCAGUCUCUCUCUUUUUCCAACUCUCUCUCACACACACACACAUAAACACCACACCACUCUCCUGGCAGAGGGAAGGCAGGACCACUGGAGAACUGUUACACACCUUUACUCCCAGCUUCUCGCCCAGCCAUCACCACACAUUUUACCCAGGAUGUGGACGCUUCUCUUGGGGGUCACCUUUGGAUUACUGGCCUCCUCCAGGUCGGAGCAACUUCAAGUGAAAUAUAUCAGCUGCAGCUAUGCUGGUGUGUCUCUGGUCCAGGGAGAGUCCCGCCACUCUCUGAACUUUGACAUGGCUGGAAAGGUGUGUGAGCAGCUGCAGAGCACCUUGGCCAGUCACGAACAAGUCCUGGAGGCCUAUUAUAAAGACAUGCAGACAUGCAGGAACGGCUGGACCAGCAAUGCAAGCGUCGUCAUCCUCAGACACAGUCAGCAUGAAAACUGUGCCAAGAACAUGACCGGGUUCAUCCCUAAUCCGAAUGUAAAUACUGACCAACUCUUUGAUGCCUACUGCUAUGACGAGCAAGUUGGGCCGGAUAAGAACUGUAGUAAGAUGACAGCAAAUGGACACAUACUCUCAGAUGAACCAGCUGACCCCUCGACCGAGCCCACAACAACAGAAGACCAUGAAGAGAGCACCCCUCCAGGCAGUGAGGGUGAUGAUACCACAGCAGCACCCGUUGAUGAGGCCCUUGGGGAUGGGCUCGGAAUCACCCCGUCGGCCACUACUUUUAACACAGAAGUGAGUCAAGUGGAGUCAGAGCCCGCUACGGGGGAUCCUGCAGUUGAGGAGAACACCAGCGUGGGGCCCACUUUCACUCCUGGAGAGCUCGAUCACCCUGCCGGGUCUGGGAUGAUGCCGGAGGGGACCUCUCCUACGGCCUCUGUUGGAGAACCAGAGGAAAAGCACACUACCACUGAGAGUGAGGGACAGAAUGAGACCAUGGAGGGAGAAGGUGCUGGAACAGAGGCCCCUCAUCCAGUGCAACCUAAAGACAAAGGACGGGUCCUUGGUCAUGCUGAGUCUGAGCAUGAUGAACAUGGCCGCAGCGAUUCAUCAAACUGGGUGGUUAUCAUCGGAGUGAUUGUUGCAGUUGCUGCUAUUCUUCUCGUGUGUGCAGCUGUUGCUAAAAGAAACAGCUGGUGCGGCAGACAGCAGACCCUGAUGAUCACACCCAAAGACGGCGGCGAGGGGAACGGGGCAGCGGCGUCAGCAUCCAGCUCCCACGCCCAGGAGAGGGACCAGGAAAUGGUGACCCUCAUGAACAAGGAGAAGAUCCAGGAGAACGGCAACACAGAGGAGUUCACCGUCAUCACACUAGAGGAGUCGCCGGAUAAAGAGCAGCUGGCGUGAGAGAGGAGUGUAGAAGAAGAAAAGAGGAAAAGGAGGGAUGUAGAACAGAGGAGAGAUGUUGGGGAGAUUGUUUUGGGUGGGGGGGGGGGGGGGUUUGUUAGGUCCAAACUCUGCGGCUAAAAGCCUGCUUACACUGAGUUAAGAUGUUUCUGUGUUUUUUUGUCUAACAGAGGUACAAAGUGUUGUACUGGGUCUGAAGCUGUUGAGAUCGGGUCUGUCAAACCGACAUGUGCAUUUUUUCGUGUCAGGUUGGUUCGGUCUGAAAGGCCGUCAAAGAGUGUCAUGCAUGGCGGGGCAUCAUGCAGGGCGUGUGAAUCGGAUGUGUUUCAGUUUUCGGUGUUUGAGAGCUGCUUUGUGUCUGACAGGACUGGAUCAAAGCCCAUUGUGCAAGGACAUACUGAUAUCAUAAAUUCAACGAUUUAAAUAGAAUUGGUUAAUUUUAAAUUGCACUAAUUCAGCCUUAAUGAAAUCAAAAUGAGGAAGACUAGGUUACUUCUUCAGAGAUCUUUCCAGCAAAACAGGCUAAAUAACCCUCGACAUGUCCCCUAUGUUGCAUCUAUAUGUUUUGUUGUAGCUGUGUGUACAUUUCAGACAUUGCCUGUGGACUGAAGGGUUUUUUUUUAUUUUUAUUUUUUUUCAUUUUCAAGGAAACUGGGGAUGUUACUACCUUAAUUUAUGCAGCUUUGAUCCCUUUUUCCUUUCCCUUUCUCUGUAUAUAAAGUUGAUGUUAUUUGGAAACGCCUUAGCAGUAGCUGCCAGUGCAUUUUGUUGUUUGGUAGAAAAACGGGACUUUGUAUCCUUUUUUGAAAAAAAAAAAAAUAAAGGAAUGUGUCAUUUUUGAGAGUUAUUUAAUCAGAAGAAGUACCUCUGUGGGGAACAAUUGUGAAUGAAUUUUGCAAUAGUCAAAGAGAGGUUGAGAUUGUAUUAAUCAAGUCAAUGUAAAGCUUCCACAAUCUGGGCAAUCAAUGCACCAUUGAAGUCAGCUUAUAUAUAUUUAUAUUAAGUUGGUAAAAUGAUAAUAUGAAGAGUCUGAUGCUAUCCUGAGGGUAAGUGGAAUGACAGAGAAGAUGUAUUAAUUAUAUAUACACAGUGUGUACAUUGAUCAAAGACAAAAAAAAAUUGGAUACACCAGAUUAACCAUUGUUCGAUUCCAAACCUUAAGCUCAAUUGAAGAAAAGUAAGUGACAGCCUUAGAUACUGAUGUGCACAUAUGAUAAUGUGGGGCCCAUGUGCUGUAAACACACAGCCGUGUUAAAGCUUUUCUUCGCAUGAAAGAGGCCGUGACGACGUGGGGGAGGGGUUUCUCUCUGAAUGAAUCCUGCGUGCCUACAGGCCCCAAAGUGUCAGUCACUCUGUAUCUUCACACACGGAAACAAUGCUGCAGCUUUUCUACCCACCUCCUCAUUGGUGAAAUAUAUCAUACAGUGUCAUAUUAAUGUUAUUACAUCUAUAUCUGCUACUUUUUCUUGGUUUUUGAUGUACAUGAGGGCUCGUGCUGGAUUACAAUCGGCGCCUUUUUUGUUUGUUUCUGACUUUCCCUCUUUUGCUCUUAAAUGAUCCAUUUGGAAGACAUGUAGCACAUGUAUUAGUGUAGAAAAGUUUCUAUGACAAAUUAACAAAAGAUGUUGCUGAAUGGAUUUGUAAAUUCAUGACAAAAUAAAUGUGUAUAGAAGGA